AUGCGUCUUCCAGGACUGGACAGUACAAUGUUUGAUUCCGGUCAGCUAUCGCAUUCGAUGCUUCGCGCUCACUGUCACAAUGUAAUCGAUGAGGAAUUGAAUCGCCCGGAGCAUCGGAAUGUGCAAAGUGGUGGUGAAAUGAAGCGCAAAUCAGGCAUUCAUACUGUGUAUUUUCCAUCAGUACCAGAUGCUCAUCAUCCGCCGACAAUGAAGCAACCUUCGGUAAGCCAGAAACAAGCCACCACAUCACCGGUCGGCAUUACUCGUUUUGGCUCUACAACAUCCAGUAAUAUGUCCCCGGUAGCAUCACAUUCUCCGUUACUUUCACGAGUAUCACCAGUCCAGCAGCAACAGCAACAGCAGCAACAACAGCCCUUUCCUCAUUUUGUACCAAUGCUUCGUGCACAACGCCAACUACGUUUUGCACCAUCGCAGCCCAGUGCCUCUCCUGGACUUUCAGUGGCCCCGGGAUCCGAAACGAUAAGCGCUGCUGCUGGUGCCUAUAGUUGUUCCGGUGUACGUACUCAAACUGCACCACUCCUUACACCAGCAGCAACAAUGUCCGCUUUGCCAGCAAAUAUGUUAGCGCCAGGAAAUAUCACCGCCAGUUCUCCGACAUUUCACACUUCACCACUGGUCCCCGGAACUGUCGCUGCACAGAGCGCUUCCUCGCCAAUGUUACCUCUCACUAUUUCAACAUCUGUAGCAGUUGGCAAUGCGAAACCAGCUAACACUACUCCUCUUGAGGUAUCAGGAAUUCUUUGA